AACAUCUUUGACAUCGGUGGCUCAAAGCCGGGUCCUAACCGGGCGGUAACCAGAACCGGAUCUUUCUAUCCUGCUUCCCCCUUUUCCUCUCCCCUUCUCUUCUCCCCGUGCCCUAAUUCUUUUUUCUUCUCCAACCGCGAAUAGCACAAGGGAGAAGAAGAGAGGGAGAGAGGUCAUCAAGAAGACGAAAGGGAGGAGGGAGGGAUUGGAUUGGAAUUAGAGGCGGGCUGGUAUGGCGUUGAAGUUUUUGAACAAGAAAGGAUGGCACACGGGGAGUCUCCGCAACAUCGAGAACGUGUGGAAGGCCGAGCAGAAGCACGAGGCCGAGCAGCACAAGCUCGAGGAGCUUCGCAAGCAGAUCCAAGAAGAGCGCGAGCGCGCCGAGUUCCGCCUCCUCCAAGAACAAGCCGGCUUUGCCCCGAGGCAAGAGCGGUUGGAUUUUCUCUACGAGUCAGGGCUGGCGGUGGGGAAGGGGAGUUCCGAGGGAUUCAAGGCGCUCCAGCCCCAAGCCCCGGCCGCUGCACCAACAGCAGAGGCUAGUUCCUCCAAGGCAGCUGUCCCUGGUGCUUUAUUUGAGGAUAAGCCUCAGUCUGCAAAUGAUGCUUGGAGAAAACUCCACUCAGAUCCCUUGCUUCUUAUCCGACAACGUGAGCAGGAAGCACAAGCCAGGAUAAAGAAUAAUCCCAUUAAGAUGGCCAUGAUCAAGAAAUCUGUAGAAGCUGAGAAAAAACAGAAGCAAGAAAAGAAGGAAAAAUUAGAAAAGAAAAAACGCAAGCAUCACCAUAGCAAGUCGAAGAAUGAGAAGCAUUCAUCCAAAGUUUAUUCAGAUUCAGAAAACACAAGCGAAGGUGGAGAAGAGAGGAGAAGGAGAGAUACUGCAACAUCUGAGAGGCAAGAACACAGCAAGUUAAAGCAUGAAAAGCGUUCAUCUAGAAUUCGUUCUGAUUCUGAAGUCAGUAGUGAAGGUGAGGUCGAGAGAAGAAAGAGGGAUCAAUCAACAUCUGAGCGUCACCGACGUAGUAACUCAAAGCAUGAUAAACAUACAUACAGAGUUCAAUCAUAUUUGAAAAAGACAAGUGACGAUGAAGAAGAGAAAAGAAAGAGAGAUCGUUCAAUAUCAGAGCUUCAUCGACACAGUUACUCAAAGCAUGAUAAACAUACAUUCACAGUUCAUUCAGAUUUGAAAAAGACAAGUGACGAUGAAGAAGAGAAAAGAAAGAGAGAUCAUUCAAUAUCAGAGCUUCAUCGGCACAGUUACUCAAAGCAUGAGAAGCAUUCAUCCAGAGGUCGUUCAGAUUCAAAAUACCAGAGGGAAGAAGCGAGCAAAAAGAGUGAUCUUUCAAAAUCUGACCAUCUUCAUCGUAGUUCUGAGCUUGGGAUAGGAAGCAAGCUGAAGCAAACUGAUACCCAGAAUCCACAAGAGAAGCCUGGCUAUAACCACCGUCGGGGCAUUACGAAGAUGUCUGAGGAAGAGCGAGCAGCCCGGCUGCGAGAAAUGCAACUCAAUGCAGAGCUUCAUGAGGAGCAAAGGUGGAAACGAUUGAAGAGAGCAGCUGAGGCUGACACCCAGGAGGCUUUGCGGGCAAAUUCUUCCCGAGGCAAGAAUUUCUUAGAUGCUGCCCAAAAGAGCAUUUAUGGAACAGAAGAAGGGGGAAGCUCUACAAUUGAAGAGAGUGUCCGUCGCCGUGCUUAUUACUCACAAGGGGGUUCUGCAGCACAUGAAAGCAAUGCAUUCCGGCGGUGAUUGUGUUGCAUGAUGUAUUUCACUGGAUAAAUUUUGGAACUAUUAAUGCAUUGUCUUCAUCAGAGUUUCCUUAUGACUUCAUUGGCAUUGCUAUAAUGUUGUAUGAUCGCUGAAGAGCAUCUCAGCGUGGAGACAAACUCUCGGUCAGGUGUUUUCUUUACCUUGAGCAAUAAGAUACACAAAUUUACUCCUCUGAUACUUGAGCUUCAA